AUGGUGUUGGAACAACACUCAUGUCGUGUACAACCAUCACUGGCUUUUACUAAUGCAAUACCGAAUAGUAAAGAAAAAGAAGUAUACAUUGACGGUACAUUAUAUGCUGAUGGAAUGGUUAUUGAUCAAAGAGAGCAAGGAGCAUAUAGGGUGAAAGAGCGUCAACAUAAAAAAUAUUCAUGCAAACAACUUUUACGGUUCAUUCGAAAACUUUGGGCAACACAACAAACUGAAAAAAUUGAUAUCGAAGAAGAUAAUGAGAAAUAUGUACGAACAACGCUUCGUGAACUUUUUAUUUACAUGGUUUUCCUAGGUGUUUUGACUAUCGUCGUUUUUGGAAUGGUCAGUAGUAAUAUGCACACACUUACACAAGCAUUAAAAGGUGUCUUUGUUGACUCAAAUAUGCUUGAUGAAUCAACUAACAGCACAGGCCCAUCUUUUACGGAACUGACUCGAAUGGAAGAGUUCUGGGACUAUAUGACGCAAACUGUUCCUUCUGGUCUGUUCACGGAAAAUUGGUACAAUGCACGUAACGUUAGCAAUUAUGGUUAUAUUCUACAUGAAAAUCGCUUAUUGGGUGCUGUUCGAAUGCGUCAAAAAAAAGUACGAAAUAAUUCAUGUACUGUUGCAAAAGACUUUAGACAGGAAAUAAAAUUCUGUUACAAUGCGUAUGCACCAGCAUUUGAAGACAAAUACUCAUACGGACCUUGUGCAAAUUUAGAAGCUGAAAACUGUACUGAAGAUCCAUUUAAAUAUACACCACAUAAUUCAAUAGUUCGUUCAAGUACAACUGGAAAAGUGGGUGUUUAUGAUGAAGGGGGCUUUAUGAAAAUAUUUGGUUCAUCACAAGAAGAAUUCAAAAGAGAAGUAAACGAACUUAAAGAUAAUCUUUGGAUUACACUGGGUACUCGUGUCAUUAUCAUUGAUUUUACAGUCUACAAUGCUAAUCUUAAUUUAUUUUGUCAAGUACAACUUAUGGUAGAAUUUCCGCCUGUUGGUGGUCUUGUAACAUCAUCAAAGAUUCGUCCUGUUAAACUUCUUCGUUAUGCUAGUGCAUUCGAUUAUUUUGUAUUAUCUUGUGAAAUUAUAUUUCUACUCUUUAUUGUUUAUUACACAAUUGAAGAAGCCUUAGAGAUUGUGGUUAUGAAAUCGGCAUAUUUUACAUCGGUUAUGAAUUGUUUGGAUCUUAUUGUUAUUGUUUUAUCUUAUAUUUGUAUGGCAUUUAAUAUUUAUCGACAAGUACAAGUCAAUAAUUUACUAGAUAAAUUAUUGGAAAAAAAAACAAGACAAUAUAAUGAUUUUUCAUUUCUUUGCUAUUGGCAAUAUCAAUUUAACAAUGUCGUUAGUACGACACUUUUCCUUGCUUGGAUUAAACUCUUCAAAUAUAUUAGUUUUAAUAAAACAAUGACACAAUUGAGUGAAACAUUGACAAAAUGUGCCAAGGAUAUAUCGGGUUUUGCAAUUAUGUUUUUUAUUGUAUUUUUUGCUUUUGCACAAUUGGGAUAUUUAACUUUUGGAAUUCAAAUAGAAGGCUUUCGAGCAUUUCAUUACUCAGUGUAUACAUUAUUUUUGGUCAUAUUGGGUACAUUUGAUUUUCCAGCACUUCAACAAGCUCAUCGUAUGAUUGGACCAAUUUUCUUCUUAACAUACGUAUUUUUCGUCUUCUUCGUAUUAUUAAAUAUGUUUUUGGCUAUAAUCAAUGAUACAUAUCAGGAAGUUAAAGCUGAAUUACAAGAUAAAAAAAGUAGCUUUGAAAUAAGUGACUUUGUUAAACAAGGUUAUGCUAAAAUGCGUGAUCGUUUAACUGAUAAACGUGAUCGUAUUGCCGAUAUUCGAAAAGCGUUAUCAUUGGCUGAUAUUAAUAAGGAUAAACGCUUGGAAUUCGAAGAAUGGCGUCAAGAAAUGAAAUCCCGUGGUUAUGCUGAAGCAGAGAUUGAAACGAUGUUCUCAAAAUAUGAUAAAAACGGUGAUCGGAUCUUAGAUGAAGAAGAACAACAAGCAUUGAGCGAUGAUUUGUUACAACAAAAUGAUGCUAUUCUUCGAGAAAUGGAUGAAUUGAAAUUGACCACUAAGAGCACUAAACCAAUAAAAAAUCCUAUUAUUGAUGAUGAUGAGAAUAAUGAAAAUAAGGAUGCACCUUCAGAAAAUGUAAAAGCAAAAGAAGUUACCGUUCAAGAAUUUGACAAUAUAACUAAACGACUUGAUUCAAUGGAAUCAUCGGUUGGAUUUGUUUUAACUAAGAUUGAUACUAUGGUAUCACAACUUGAAGUAUAUGGACAUCCUAAAUCAAAUAAAGGUGGAAAUCGUUCAUUAGAUGCAAAACACACAACUGCUGACAAGUAUGUUGACGAUGCUUUGGAUGAUCCUAUUCAUUCCAUGAUUGAUAUCGAUUUUGAUCCUUUAUAUUCAACUGCAUAA